GACGCUAUUUUGAAUACUCAUUCAUUGAUUGAAUGAAGGAUAGUUUAUUUAAGCCAUGUGGAAGUAGGAGUUGGUAUCGCGUUAAGGCUGUCCUGAAUUUUUUGUGCCAACCCCAAGUCACGUGGCCGACGCGCUCUAUGCGUUUUGUGAGGGUUUCGUGAUUUCGACCCAAAUUGGCUAUGCGAGUUUGACUUUUACUUCCAUUGAAUAACGCAUCCUGGCCGAUACCACUAACACUAUCACUGAACCCUUCCGCCUCAGUGGGAAUCACAUGGCUGAAGAAAAGCCAAGUACCUGCAUUGCCGCACAGCUGUGGGUGUCAGACCAAAGGUCUCGCUGGAAUGAUUUAGGGUCACUCCAUUUGGCCGAUAUUGAUUUGAUGUUGGAUAAACAGCUUCAAUGGAUAUCUGACCACUCCAAUAUCGAAUCUCUCUUGAAACUUGUACCGUCGAAAACCGACUCGAUUUCACCAAACGUAACGACGUUAUCUCAGCCCCUUGCGCCUGAAUAUACCCAGAAUGUGGAUUGUACAACAGAGAAGGAAGAGAAACAUACUUCACCAGCGAUGAACGUAGACGACGCUCCCCAAUGUGAUGAGCCGUGCAAGUCCGUUAAUGACGACCUACAGAUAUCUACUGCGUCUGCGACCGUUGAUGUCAAACCAGUUCGAGAAGAAAGGGACAAAGAUACUGAUCAUUUCUUUAUUGAUGCUAAUCAAAAUCGAAACGAUCCAUGGAAUGAUGUAGAAGAAUGCUUGUCAUCGGAAAUCAUCAACAUUGACGAAAAUAAGCAUAAAGAGGAGAUAGCACAACUAGAAGCAGAAUCCGUUCUGUUGGACGCCAAACCAAAGGAAAACGAUGAUUUUCUCCUUUCAUGGCCAAUUGUACCUCUCGCGGAGAAAACCAAGACAUCCAUUCCUGACAAGCUCGAGGAUGGUGGAUCUGAGAGUCAUGCCGAGCACGCGGGUCCUCAGGAAACGGAAAUAGAACAAUCUGAUUCUGCGCAAACUCCUGCAGUUGAUCAACACGAUACAAAUGACAAUGACAUUGAAUCUACACCAGUUACUGCAAUUGAUCAACACCAUACAAAUAGCAACGACAUUGAGCCUGCGCAAUCUGUUGAAGAUAUUUCACCUAUAAACCCUUCUUCAAGUGAACAUGAUAUUCUUAAGGACAUCAUCGAUACAAACGACGUGGAUGAAGUAGCAGCCGAACCGCAACCAAGAUCAGCCCCAAGGUCGCCUGAGGCAGACGAGAAUGAAGCAGCCUGCCAGCUAGAAAAAUCCAUACUCUAUAUUGAGAAAUUGCAGGAAGAUACAAUUGUAUCCGAAAAACCCCCUUCAAAUUCUAUGUUCAUUAUACCCUCUCUUGAAUCUGGGUUGAACACAAACGCUUUCAAGUCAGAUGCAAAGGAUGAUGUAUUUGAGCCACAGGAAUUCCAUGAUAUACCUACCACGUCUGCGUUCACUGAGCCUUCCCCACCGGAACGUAUAAACACCAUCGUCGAGCUCUCGCCGGCACAAGAAAAUAUUCCACCAGGUACCACGCCAUCUGUUACGCAGCCAAAACCUGUCAGUUCUGUUGGUUCCAGUGGUAGUCAUUUCGAUGAUGACGACGAUGAUGAAGACGAGAUAAUUCUAGUUGGAGAUAAGAGCAGCACACGGUUGUCACGACCGACGAUUCGAAGGGUCUCUAAGAUGCCCACAGUGGAUAGGACUAGACCGGCAAGACGAACAGUACAUGUUCCAGAAAGGCAUGCCAAGCCCAUCCGUACAAUUACCACACCAAUAACAAAAUCAGAUAAUGAAUCCGGCAAGGGACAACCUCAGUCAUCUACAGAGCCGGCAACAUCAAAGACCAAAACCCCUGUUGUUGACAAAGUCACAUUGCCGCUGGACGAGCAUGAAACUAGCAACAUACUAUGGGUUAGCAGUAGUGAUCGACCCACCAGUCCUAAAAGCAUUGACGAAAAUCAAAGCAAUUGUAGCAGCCUACCUGGCUCAACGCUCAUGGCCAAGCUCCAAGGUGUUCAUACUGACAAGUCAUCGCCUUCAAAGCAAACAUCUGAAGAUGACAGUCCUAUUGAGAAGUUGCAGAAAAGGUUAGACGAAGUCCUUCAAGAUGUCGACCGAAACUCUGUCGAGAUCAACAAAUCGCUAUCUGCACUCCAUAAGCCAAGACAAUACCCUAAUUCCAAAAUGGAUAUGACACGAAGUCGUUUACCCCACCAUAUGUCACCGACCAUGUCACAUCUCAAACGCCUCGAAGUCCAACAAGCCAUGCAUCAUAAAUUACAAGCGAAACUAAUGAGUGUGCAACCUACAUCGCAUUCAUCUAUAAACAAAGACAAAUACUCCACAAAUGCACCUGUAUACACUUCCGGCUGGCAAGCUCGUCCCGAAGUUUCAAAACAUCAAACAGUACGAAAAAAGCGAUUAGGGAUACUGAACGGUAUGAAUGCAGAACGACUGAAACUGAUGCAGCAGAGGAGCAAGCUGCAAGAACGGGAUUUGCAAGGUUCUACUGCCAAAGGCGGUGGCAACUCUAAUAUAAGACCGAACGCUGCCAAUGCUCGGGACACGAGUAAAAUGACAUCAUUGCAUUCGUUUGCAAAAUCCACGUUAUCCACCCAGCUCAAGACGCACAAGCCUGUGGACAGCAUAGCCAAAACACUCCAUAGCGGAUCCACCGUGAAACAUUUGACUGUGAAUGCGUCCAAAGCACAUGAGUCAAUACGGACGAAGCCCAUGGCGCCAACUGAUCGUCUGGCACCUGCUUCAUACAGUAGUUCUCAACAUGCCACCGAUUCAGCCCCAGCUACUCCUUCCAAGAAAAAUGCGCAACUCAUACCCAAUGCUGCUGCUGACAAAAACAAAGCUAGUCAAGAAGACGAGUAAGUGGGAAGAAGCGUUGUUCAUGUUUUUUUUAGCGAAACCAUGAUUACUGAUGGGGUACUAUUUGCAGCGCAAGGCCACGGAAAAGACCUAAGCUUCCUAUACCUGGAUGGGCCAUGAGCCCUGAACUGAAGAAAGCACUGGAAGAGCAAUGUACACUUAAUCCCGAAGAAAUCUUUGGAAAAAUGGCACCACUCCGGAUUGAAGACAUCUUUACCAGCCGUAAAGCAUAGCGAUAUGUGUAAUAUUAGCAGUUCAUUGGAUAUUUAGAUAGCAUGUAUUUGAGAACUUUUGUAAAUAGAAACCACCAACGAAAACGUAUAAGAAGGG